UACAAGUUUAGCUCCACUUACUGAACACUCUCCAACAGUACCAGACCCAGAGCAUGAAAACCAUUACUUCUUUCUUCUUUUCGCUCCAUUCUCUGGUAAUCCUGUUCUGUGUGACGGCCGACCAUGGCGUCUCCGGCGAAGGAACAAGCAUAGUCUUCACUACGCUCGGAAGGUUGGACUACGCCUUCGACAUCUUCACCCUCCCCACCGACCGCCCACCGACGAUCUCCAACGAAAUCCAGAUCACCGACGGCGAGUCCGUCAACUUCAACGGCCAUUUUCCUUCUCCCUCGUCGACCUCCUCGCUUCUCUCUCUCUUACCCAACCAAACCCUAAUUCAAACCCUCCUCCCAACCGAUCCCCCACCUCUGCAACUCAUCUACGUCACCGAGAGAGACGGCGUCUCCAGUCUCUACUACGAUGUCGUAUUCCCCGAUUCCCCUACUUCGCGGAGCAUCGGAAGAAGGUCGGCACUCGAAUUCCCGGAUAGAGUUCAGUUUCCUCUUUUGGGAGAGGACCUGAUUCAGAACAAGAUUUCCAUGAAAGACCGGCCUAAUUUGGCCGGAGAUUACUUGGUCUACAUAUCGACUCAUGAGAACACGGGCAAGCCGAGGACGAGUUGGGCCGCGGUGUACUCAACCGAGUUGAAAUCGGGCACGACUCGGAGGCUGACCCCUUACGGAGUGGCCGAUUUCAGCCCCUCGGUUUCACCGUCGGGGAUUUUGACGGCGGUGGCUUCGUACGGAGCGAAGGGAUGGGACGGAGAAGUCGAGGAGCUGAGUACGGACAUCUACGUUUUCCUGACUCGGGACGGGACUCAGCGAGUCAAGGUUGUCGAACACGGCGGUUGGCCGUGUUGGACGGACGAGUCCACUAUUUACUUCCACCGGAGAGGCGAAGACCAGUGGUGGAGUAUUUACCGCGCGAUCCUCCCCGUCAACGGCGAGAUUUCCGUCGACUCGGUGGUGGUGGAGCGAAUCACCCCACCGGGUCUCCACGCGUUCACUCCGGCCACGUCACCAGGCAACAAGAAGAUCAUAGCCGUCGCCACAAGAAGACCCGACACUCAAUUUCGCCACGUGGAGCUCUUCGACCUGGAUAAGAACGAGUUCAUCCAGUUAACUCGCCGUGUCUCGCCGCGGACUCACCACUUUAACCCGUUCUUCUCGACUGACUCGUCCCGGGUCGGAUACCAUAAAUGCAGAGGCGACGGCAACGGUAGAAAAGGCCCCAAAAUUUUACUCGAAAACAUCCACAGCCCAGCCUCCGACAUCUCUCUCUUCCGAAUCGACGGCUCGUUCCCUUCCGUCUCGCCGGACAAUGACCGUAUCGCUUUCGUGGACUUCCCGGCUUUCGUGGACUUCCCGGGUCUCUACAUCAUCGAUCUUGACGGUUCGAACCGGAGGCAAGUAUACGGCGGAAACGCGUUCUCCACCGCCUGGAACCCGGUUCGCAAGGGGGUUGUGUACACCGGCGCCGGACCAGAGUUCGCUCCGGUGAGUACAGAAGUGGACAUAAUCGCCGUCAACGUAGAGGAUCCGGAGAAGAUCGUGGUCAAGAAGCUGACGACAAACGGCAAAAACAACGCCUUCCCCUCGCUUUCUCCGGACGGGAAUCGGAUCGUUUUUCGAUCGGGUCAAACCGGGUUCAAGAAUCUAUACAUAAUGGACGCUGUGAAAGGAGAGGAAGGUGGGCUCCACAGGCUGACGGAGGGCCCUUGGACGGACACGAUGUGCAAUUGGUCUCCAGAUGGUGAGUGGAUCGCGUUCGCUUCGGAUCGGGAAAACCCAGGCAGCGGGAGCUUCGAACUGUAUCUGAUCCACCCGAAUGGAACCGGGUUGAGGACACUGAUUGAAAGCGGGUCGGGUGGUCGGACUAACCACCCGUGGUUCAGUCCGGAUGGGAAGAAGUUGGCUUUCACUUCGGACUACGCCGGUAUAUCGGCGGAGCCGAUCUCAAAUCCGCAUCAUUAUCAGCCGUACGGCGAGAUUUUCACUGUUAAUUUCGACGGCUCUGAUGUGAGAAGGUUGACUCAUAAUUCAUACGAGGAUGGGACCCCCACUUGGGUGCCCAAAUUCAUCAGGCCCGUUGAUGUGGAGUGGCCUGUUGAUAGGCCCCGCUGUGAGUUCGAGGACUUGCACUGGCUCAAUGAGAUGCCCAAGCCCAGCUAUCGUUAUGGGCCAUCAGACUUGGGCUCAAAUAAGGUUCAGUGUGGUGCAAGGUUCUAGUUGUUUGAAAAAACUUUGAAGAACUUGUCUUUUUUUACUGUUGGCUGUAAAUUGUAAUGUGGAAAUAUUAUGUAAUCUAUCAAGGCGAGAUUGUAACAAAA